UCUCAGGCAGCACUGCUUCUUUAAACAGCCUGGCUUACAGGGGGUCUUUAUCUUCAUUUCAGUUCCCCCCUUUCUCUUUUCGCUUGUGCGGAGCAGUCGGGUAGCACAGUACACUACACUAUGAGGGGCAAAUUUAGCUGUGCUUUGUCAGGUCCUGAAUUAUUCAUUUUACAUAGACCCAGUUUGGGUAGCCAACAUUGUCAUCAUGAGCCAAUGGGGGGAACUUUUGAUGCUGACUGGUGUGCAUAAGGAUCAACUCAUGGCCCUCUAUAAUCAAGAAUUUAUUCCUAUGGAGGUGCGGCAGUAUUUGGCUCCAUGGAUUGAAUCCCAAGACUGGAAAUUUGCAGCUAGGGAUGGCUCCAUAGCAGCUGUCCAGUUUCAGAAUCUCCUGGAGCACCUGGACACACAGUACAGCCACUUCACUCAGCAGCAAGAGAUGGUACAGCAACACAACUUUCGCAGAUUCAAGCUUAAGAUUCAGAAUCAAUACAUUUCAGAACCUCAAAAUCUGGCAAUACGGAUAAGAGAUCUUUUAAAUGAAGAGAAGAGGAUUCUAUUAGAAGCCCAGGAAUUGCAGUCACCUGCUGGGUCAGUAGCAACAGAUUCCAUGGAAACUAUGCGCCAGGGGGAGAUUGAGCAACGAGUGACUGGAGUGAAGCAGAAAGUUCAGUCAAUAGAUCAGGAAGCAAAAUUCUUGGAAGACCAGCAAGAAACAUUUAACUUCAAAUACAGCAACUUCGUAUUAAUGUCAAAAUCCACCACCCCAGAUUUUCGUUUGAAGGAGAAGGAAGUGGAGCUACAAUCCUGCCUUAAUGAAUUGGACACCAAACGCAGGGAAAUUUUGGAUCAAGUUAAAGGACUGCUGGGAUUAUUAGAAACACUUCUUGAUUUUCUGCAGCAAGAACUGGAUGAAUGGCAUAAAAGGCAAAAGUUAUCCUGUAUAGGAGCCCCAACAAACACUUGUCUUCAACUGCUGGAAAUCUGGAUAACAAAGACAGUUGAGGCAUUCUUCCAGCUACGACAUAUUCUGGAUUUUCUUGUUCAGCUUGCUUGUAUGGUUACUUACGCCAAUGACCCCUUAAAAACAGACCCACGUCUCCUGAUUGAAAGACUGGAUGAAUUGCUGCAUUGUUUGCUGAAACGAUCCUUUGUUGUUGAAGGGCAACCAAUUAUGGUCUUUCCAUGUAAACGACAUCUGGUGUUAAAAACUAGUACCAAGUUCUCUGUAAGAGUCAGAUUCCUUGUUAAUCUAAAAACCCUAAAAAACAAGAUGAAGGUUUCCUACUUCCUGGAUAAGGAUCCCCCAAAUAUCAAAGGGUACCGAAAAUUUAAUUUACUUGGGCCAACACCCAAAAGUAUGGAGAUUACCCAGGGACAAGGGCUGAUGGUGGAAUACAAACACUUGGAUUUAAAAGAACAGAGGAUUGGAGGCGGAGGCAAGGGUAAUAAAGGCACAAAUGAUGGAUCUGUGAGUAUAACAGAGGAACUUCAUCUCAUUACGUUCAUCACCCAGUUUGAUUACCAAGGCUUGUCUCUCGAACUUGAGGCUGUCACCAAUCCUUUUGUGAUCAUCUCUAACAUCAGUCAGUUCAACAGUGCAUGGGCUUCUGUGAUCUGGUUCAACUUGCUCAGUUCAGAUCCCAAGGAAUUUAGUUUUUUCAGAAAGCCUCCAGCAGCACCCUGGCUGUUACUGGCAGAAGCUUUGAGCUGGCAGUUCUCAUGCUGUACGAAGAUGGCACUUAACAAAGACCAGCUGGCAAUGCUGGGGAAGAAACUUUGUGAUGGGAUGGAUCCCAGAGAGGACAGCGUAGUAUCAUGGAACAAGUUCUCAAAGGAUAACGUGCUCGAGGGACCCUUCACAUUCUGGAUGUGGUUUGAUGCAACACUGUCCCUGGUGAAAGAACAUCUGGAAAAGAUCUGGGAUGCUGGUUAUAUAAUGGGUUUUGUGAAUCGGCAGAAUGAGAAAGCUCUUCUAAAAACGCAGAUGACGGGAACAUUCUUACUCCGCUUUAGUGAGAGCUGUCGAGAAGGAGGAAUAACUUUUUCAUGGGUGGAACAUCAAGAGAAUGGGAAAUAUGACAUCCGUUCCGUACAACCAUACACUAAGAAGGAGCUGAAAUCAAUCCCCUUAGUAGAGAUAAUCCGCAAUUAUCAACUUAUGGCUGAAGAAAACGUCCCAGAGAAUCCUCUGAAAUACUUGUACCCGAAUAUUCCCAGGGAUGUGGCAUUUGGAGAAUAUUAUGAAAAUAAAGUAGAAUUAACAAUGGAAUAUCAAAAGUACCUAAAGAGGAAAAUGAUGUUUGUGUCUAAAAGAGAUGAGGAGGAUUCAGAAGAUCAUCUUUCUGUCCCAGUUGAAGAACAACUUGAGAACUUCAUCAUUAAUGAGCUCACCAGCGAUAAGGUAUUCUUUAACGAAGAUCCCUGUGCCCAAGACCCAACAUUUCCAGAGCUUUCCAAUGAGGAGUUAUUCUUUAAGGAAGACAGCCAGGAACCCAGUGCUCAAAGCCCAAUAUAUUCAGGCAAGGAAUUCACAAUGUAUAUGAUAUCUAAUAAUGAUCCAAUGAUGUCAUCUAUGAAUCUGGAUUUACAGUAAUUGUUUUCACUGAACUGCAUUUCCAUACCAAUUUUAUUCAAAAAGAAGAGUGCUUAAUUCCCUUCAUAGAAACCACAACAUUGGUGACUUUGCAAGCUCAUUUCCGAUUAUAUGUAUGAACCUUUCUUUUGCAAUAAGACGAGAGUAUAGAAAAUGUAUUAUUAGGCUUUCUAAAGCCAAGAGAAGAAUCCAGAAUGGAAUUAACGAUCUUUCAAAUAUGAAAUGGCCUGAUAGCCAGAGAAGAUCAAAACUAUGCAGUUACAUAGGUUCAGACAUGUAAACAAAGACUGAUUGGAGAACACUCGACAUGGCCGUAUUAACAAAUCUUGAAGGGACAAUUGUUGUACUACGACUCAGUGUCACUCUCCUGUGGUGUAUGAAACAUCAUGAGCAAGUUUUGUGGAAAACUAAAACAUACAUCACAGCAUUACAAUGAAAGUUGUAUCACAGAUAUCGCAAUUUCUCACUCCUAUGUAUGAAUGUGCAGAGAAAAUUAUUGAAAUUAUCGAAUCUUCAGAUAUAAAUGAUUGCGUAUGUUUUCCAUAAAGAAUGCCAUAGCCAACUGUUGGUGGUCAUUGACAUAUUGCACUAAAAUAUUAGUGAUUGCAAACAAAAUAAUAUGUUUUGUGUAAAGCUGUUUUCAAACUGUUAAAAAUGAGUUUGCUUUGUCUUCUCUCAUUCUGAAUAUUUGCACUUUUUACUAAAUAAUUAAAAAAUAAUUACUGUGUGGGAAAAGCUGUAAUGAGAGAGCCCAUAGACAGGCUUUGGAUGUUUAACACACAUUCAUAAUGUCAAAAUUGUCAGGAUUGAGAAAAUAACUAGAACACAGAUUGUUCACACACAGAAUAUAUACAUCCACAUUCUCUUUUUCCAUAAAUUUACAAACAGCCAAAUUGUAUAAAUACUGCCACAUAUUGACAGUUAUUGUUUUAAUCAUUUAUACAUUGGACUGAUACAGAGCUUGAUUUUUACCUUCAAUGUAAACCCAGAUUAGUUAUGUACAAUUGUGUAUGGAUGGAAUCAUGUUAAAAUGGUGGAUGUGCUUCUGAUUGUUAUUAAAUUCUAGUUUUAAUAGAA